AUUUAACAUAAAACCCUAGAGAAGAAAAAAAUGGAAAGAUCAAAGUUCAAAAAACCCUUCAUGGGAAUGAUAAAAGCAAAUGUUUUACAAAUAAAAAGCUAAGCAAUUGAUUGUCUGACUAUUUUCUCUUUUCAUCUCAGGACUUCUAAUUUUAGUUAUAUUUUUUCGUCGCUCACAUUCUGCGGCCUCAAAAUAGUGUCGGCUGCUUAAAUUUUAUACGUUUCAACAGAGUUCAAAUCGAAUGCAAAAGUUUUCAGAAGGCUGUGAUGGCAAAAGUAGACGUGCAAAUUGAAGGAAACGAGGAACUGAUAUUUCUGAAGGAGAGGGCCCAGAAGUUAAUAGAGCGCAUUGAGGAUAGGUGUGCUGUCCAGGAUGAGCUUGUCUGUGCACUGGACAAUCUUGUACCUAACCUUGCAAGCACUUUGGACCUUUCUUUAAAGGUAAUUUCUGCCUUUAAGGGAGAAGAUCAAAAUAAGAGGGCAAGGCCACGGAAGCGUCAUCAUGGAGGUUCUGGUUCACACUCAAGAGAUUCAUCUAGUGCCAAAGCUUUAUUUACAGUUGGUGGUCCCUCUCAUUCUGAUGAUAGAAAUGGUUUCUCAAGAGUGGAUCUUGUGAGUGGUACUGAUGAAACAGACAUUAGAUCCCGGUUGCUUAGGCUGGAUGAUGGUGAGAAGGGAGGUGAUUCGUUCAGAGAAGGAGGCAAUGAGGGCAAUGCUUUGCAUCCUAGAGGUCUUAAUAUUGUUAAAGUUAUGGUUGCUGCAAUUUUACUUGAGCGCACACCAUUUGUGCCCCUUGAUUCUGCUGCAAUCCUCAGGAAAUUAGAAAAUGGAUAUUGCACUCCUGCUGAGAAGAAUAUCCUGAUUGAACUGGGCGGAGAAUUUGGGGCUAUUGCAGCUGUGGAAAAGGCUUUGAAAGCUUUUGCAGAUGAAAAUACAGGAGUAGAGUUGGAAGAUUUUGCAGUUAGUGGUAGAAAUAGGAUAAUGAUAUUGGGAGUUGACCAAAACCGAUUAGCAAAGGAAUUUCCUGAAGCGGCACAGCUUCUGAGUACUAAAACUAUUGAUAAUUCAAAUGGCAUGGGUGUUGUUCCAGCACCUGGAACUUCUGGAGGAAUGGAGUUAGGAAGAGUACAGCCUGGUAUGAGUCCAGGCAUUCCAAGGCCAGAUAUGUGGCCGGGAUCUGGAGAACCUCACCCACAAGGUGUUCCAGGCAUGCCAGUUGCAGGACCACCGAUGUUUCCAGGGGGCAAUCCUAUGUCAAUGAUGGGGCCAAGAGGUGGACCGAGACCCAUGGGUAUGAUGGGAAUGCCUGGACCUGCUGGAAUAUCUGCACAAGGGAUGGGAUUUAGUGGUCUUCCUCCUAUUCAGAAGCCACCCAUGGUGCAGUCACCUGGUUUAGUCCCUCCCACAUCAUCAAAACAAAGGACAGAGGAAGAUGACAUGAAGGAUAUUGAAGCAUUGCUUAAGAAGAAGUCAUUCAGGGAGAUGCAAAAAUCAAAAACUGGGGAAGAACUUUAUGAUCUUAUUCAUCGUCCAACUGCAAGAGAAACUGCCCUUGCUGCAAAGUUCAAAUCAAAAGGAGGCACACAGCUGAAAGAGUACUGUAAGGCUUUAACAAAAGAAGACUGCAGAAGACAAAGAUGCUCCAUUAUUGCAUGUGAGAAGGUUCACUUCAGGCGGAUUAUUGCCUUACACACUGAUAUUAGUUUGGGUGAUUGCUCAUUUCUAGACACUUGUAGACACAUGAAGACGUGCAAGUAUGUGCACUAUGAGCUGGAUCCAACUCCAGAUGCUGGUAUUAUGAUGGGUAUUACUAGUAUUCAACCACAAAAACCAUUACGUGCAGAAUAUUGUUCAGAAGUUGAACUUGGGGAACCACAGUGGAUCAACUGUGAUAUACGCAAUUUCAGAAUGGAUAUUUUGGGCCAGUUUGGAGUUAUUAUGGCAGAUCCACCAUGGGAUAUUCAUAUGGAGUUACCAUAUGGUACUAUGGCUGAUGAUGAGAUGAGGAAUUUGAAUGUACCUAGCUUGCAGACUGACGGUCUUAUCUUCCUUUGGGUCACUGGACGUGCAAUGGAACUUGGACGAGAUUGUCUUGAGCUAUGGGGUUAUCGCCGUGUUGAAGAGAUCAUUUGGGUAAAGACAAAUCAACUUCAGAGAAUCAUUAGAACAGGGAGAACUGGCCACUGGUUGAAUCAUAGUAAAGAACAUUGUCUUGUUGGUAUCAAGGGAAAUCCAUUAGUGAACCGUAACAUUGACACAGAUGUUAUUGUUUCUGAGGUUCGUGAGACAAGCCGAAAGCCAGAUGAGAUGUAUCCAAUGCUAGAAAGAAUAAGUCCUCGUACUCGAAAGCUUGAACUGUUUGCACGGAUGCAUAACACUCAUGCAGGGUGGAUGUCACUUGGUAAUCAAUUGAAUGGUGUGAGGUUAGUUGAUGAAGGAUUGAGGGCAAGAUUUAAAGCCGCCUAUCCUGAUGUGGAUGUGCAACCUCUAUCUCCUCCAAGGGCUUCUGUCUCAGAUGGAGAGGCAAGUGCACAAACAAAGAGCCGGUUUACUGAUGCAAAGGUUGCACCUGAAGACAUGCCUAUGGCAAGUGUGGAAAAUUAUGCAUCAGAGGAAAAGCUCGUAGCUAAAGAUAUUGAAAUGACGACUUAAGAACAUUAUAUCUGUUUUGGGAUUGACAGACUUAUCUUCAAGAACAGAUAUGAUAUUUCCAGUCCAUAUUCAUGAAUUAAGAAUGCUUCUAGAUACAACCGUAUGAGGCUCUAUCGUCUCUUGUAAUGGUGAGGGGCAUAGGAAACACUACAAUUUUGGUUCCUUUUUAGAGAACAAGAACCUAAUGCCACACUGGUAAAGGGUUGCCGGGGUACAUAGCGAAUGACUGUACACGCAAUUAGCAAGAAUUGUCUCUGGUAUUUUAAUGUCAUCCACAAUCAAUUAACUUUGCCAGAUGUAAAUACGUGUGAAUCAAUUCCGUAGGUUCAAAAAAUUCGUGAAACCUACAUCAUACGAGGUGCAUAUUAGAUAUAUUAAAUUUGAAUUUUGUAAUUAUUUUUUUAUCAAUAGAGGUGCAUAUUAGAUAUAUUAAAUUUGAA